AAAAACUAAAAACGUGGUCGGUUAUUCGAUAUUCAAACACGUGUUUCAUUUCGUUCGGUUUCGGCCAACAAUUUUUUAAUUUCGGUGCAUGAUCCGUAAAUUGUAGUUCUGUGGCCCUAAAACCGGAUUGUUUGCAGCGGUGCGAAAGCGGAGGUAACGAGCAGCACUUGAACGCAGCGCCGGGCUCCAGCUUCCUCGCACGCGGACACGCGCACCCGGCGGAGCGGAGUCUUGUCUGGACGAACUGUGAAGUGAACCGCGGAUACGUGACCGGGGCUUCUCCACCAGCCGCGCCGACAUGGAGGUGGUGUUUCGGGGGGCAUGAUAGCUACAGCCGGAGAGGGGCCUGCACGGUGUGAGGGCGGCCCCGCAGCCGCCGGGACGUACUCGGCGUGAAUAACAAAAGGAACCGCCGAGACGGAGAGACGAUGGUGGGGAGAGCUGCAGCAGGAGGAGGAAGAGAAGGAAGAAGAGGAGGAAGAAGAGGAGGAGGAGGAGGAGGAGGAGAAGAGGCUUUCACACCGACCCAGGCUUCAGUUUACUGAACUCAACUUUAACUUUGAAACCAGGGAGGGUUGUUUCCCCGCCAACUCCUCCAGCAUGUCGGAUCCGAGUCACUGGUCAGCGGCGCCGGGUCCGAGCAAGUCCCACUUUGUCCCCGGAGCGUUGCUGAAGCGCUCCAAGAGCUGUCGCAGUAGCAACAGGAAGAGCCUCGGAGUGGGGACGCCGUCUCCCACGCUGUCCCGGCCGCUUUCUCCGCUCUCGUUCCACACUGCUGCAAGCAGCCCUCUAGACAGCCCCCGAAAUGUGUCGACCAGCGCCUGCCUCAACUUUCCAUUCGCCCGGAGUCACUUGGCUCGUGCUGACAGAGCCGAGGGCCGGAGAUGGUCCCUGGCAUCCCUCCCCUCGUCUGGCUAUGGAACCAAUCCGCCGAGCUCCACUGUCUCGUCCUCCUCGUCCUCCCAGGAGCGACUUCACCAGCUUCCGUACCAGCCGACACAAGAUGAGCUGCACUUCCUCUUCAAACACUUCCGCAGCACGGACAGCAUGACCGACGAGGAUGGCCGGCCCUCCACUGUCAUGCGACCUCGGUCUCGGAGCCUCAGCCCCGGGCGAUCAAACGUUUCUUUCGAUAAUGAGAUAGUCAUGAUGAACCAUGUUUACAAAGAACGCUUUCCAAAGGCCACAGCCCAGAUGGAGGAGCGUUUAUUGGAGAUUGUAUCCCACUGCUCUCCAGACAGCUAUCUCCCGCUGGCUGACGGGGUCCUGGGCUUCAUCCAGCACCAGUUGGUGGAGCUGGUCAGAGACUGUCUGGACAAGUCCCAGACGGGCCUGGUUACCUCCCGCUACUUUGCUGAGCUGCAGGAGAAGCUGGAGAAGCUGCUGCACGAGGCCUACGAGCGCUCAGAAAGCGAGGAGGUAACCGUCAUCAUCCAGCUGGUGAGGAAGAUCCUCAUCAUAAUCUCUCGGCCGGCUCGCCUCCUCGAGUGUCUGGAGUUUGAUCCAGAAGAGUUUUACCACUUACUCGAGGCGGCAGAGGGACAUGCCAAAGUCGGCCAGGGAAUCAAGACGGACAUCCCGCGGUACAUCAUCAGCCAGCUUGGUCUGACGAGGGACCCGUUGCAAGAUAUGGUGCAGCUUGAACAGUAUGAUGUCAGUCCUUCAGUGUCAGUGGAAUCUGAUGCUCAUGUGGAGAAUAAGGCCCCACAGACGCUGACGCCAACUCGAAGGAGACCUCUUGACAGAGAUUUUGAGACCAUCAAACUCAUCAGUAACGGAGCUUAUGGGGCUGUGUAUCUGGUCCGCCACAAGGAGACCCGCCAACGGUUUGCCAUGAAAAAGAUAAAUCGUCAGAACCUGGUCCUGAGGAACCAGAUCCAGCAGGCAUUCGUAGAGAGGGACAUCCUUACCUUUGCAGAGAACCCCUUUGUUGUCUCCAUGUUCUGCUCCUUUGAAACACGACGUCACCUCUGCAUGGUCAUGGAGUAUGUAGAAGGUGGAGAUUGUGCCAACUUACUCAAGAACAUGGGCCCACUGCCUGUAGAAAUGACAAGGUUGUACUUUGCUGAAACAGUCCUGGCCCUGGAAUACCUGCACAACUACGGCAUCGUGCAUCGGGAUCUCAAACCUGACAAUUUAUUAAUUACAUCCAUGGGCCACAUCAAGCUGACAGACUUUGGCUUGUCUAAAAUUGGCCUAAUGAACAUGACCACCAACCUGUAUGAGGGUCACAUGGAGAAGGACACAAGAGAGUUUAUAGACAAACAGGUUUGUGGUACUCCAGAGUACAUUGCCCCGGAGGUGAUACUCAGACAGGGCUACGGGAAGCCUGUGGACUGGUGGGCAAUGGGGGUCAUCCUCUACGAAUUCCUGGUCGGCUGUGUCCCGUUCUUUGGAGACACUCCAGAGGAACUUUUUGGUCAAGUUGUCAGUGAUGAGAUCAUUUGGCCUGAUGGAGAUGAUGCUCUACCCAAUGAUGCCCAGGACCUGAUCACCCGCCUGCUGAGGCAGAGUCCCCUAGACCGACUGGGAACUGGCGGAGCCUCAGAAGUCAAGCACAACCCCUUCUUCCUGGGUUUGGACUGGAAUGGACUCCUGCGGCAGAAAGCUGAAUUCAUCCCUCAGCUGGAGGCGGAAGAUGACACCAGUUACUUUGACACUCGAUCAGAACGCUACCAUCACUUGGCAUCUGAUGAGGAUGAGGAAACAAAUGAUGAAGAGUCUUCUUUAGAAAUCAGACAGUUUUCUUCCUGGUCACAUCGCUUCAGCAAGGUUUACAGCAGCACAGAACAUCUGCCAACUCCUUCCAACCUUAGUUUCUCCUCCGACCGUAGCCACAGUGAGGAUAAGGACGACCGCAGGGACAUGGGAGGACUUGGUCUCUUCCCGAGCCCAGCAGAGGGCAGCAGACACACAGCACGUAUGGGCAGCCUUCGCCCUCGAGCCUCCUCCAGCUCCUCCCAGUCUGAGAGGAGCCCCAGCCCUCUGGUGAUGAGCAGCACCCACAGCCUGGAGACGAUGCCCCGCUUUGCCCUCUCCACUGAUGACGAAGCCGAGGCGGUCGUGUCAAACCUUCGGAGGAUCAGGAUUCGCAGUAACAGCACUGGGGCCAAGCACUCAUCCCCCAAGGACCCUGCCGGCCCCCGGCGCUUUGGUAACCAGCUGGAUACACCGGACAGACAGAGGCUUCCCUGCGGAGGGAAGGUUCCCAAGUCCGCCUCCGUCUCAGCCCUGUCUCUCAUCAUCACUACAGAUGACUCGCCAGGUGGCCUCCAGCCCAGUCCCAUCUCCCCACGCUCGCUGUCCUCCAACCCCUCAUCCCGAGACUCGUCGCCAAGUAGAGACCUCUCCUUCAGUCCCGGCAGCCUGAAGCCGCCCAUCAUCAUCCACACCUCAGGGAAGAAGUUCGGAUUCACCCUGCAGGCCAUCCGGGUCUACAUGGGCGACAGUGACGUCUACACAGUGCACCACAUGGUGUCGAGUGUGGAGGAGGGCAGCCCGGCACACAAGGCAGGUCUCCGCACUGGAGACCUCAUCACCCAUGUGAACGGAGAGUCUGUCCAAGGCCUGGUCCACCCUGAAAUGAUAGAACUGCUACUGAAGAGCGGCAGCAAGGUGGCGCUUCAGACCAUUGAACUCAAGAACACGUCGAUCAAAGUCGGUCCAGCUCGCAAGACCAAGCACAAAGGCAAGAUGGCUCGUCGCAGCAAGAAGAGCAAGAGGAGGGAUAAUUACGACAGGAGACGAAGCAUCUUGAAGAAGCUGUCCAAGCAGAGCACAGUUAUGCACAGCAGCCGUAGCUUCUCUUCAGGUCUCCAUCAUUCGGUUUCCUCCAGCGAAAGUCUUCCAGGCUCCCCGACGCACAGCCUCUCCCCCGGCCCCUCAACACCGUGCCGGAGCCCAGCACCCGACCAUCAGGCCUUUGAAAAUAUCUCUCCUCAGAGCACGUCUCCUUGCUCCAGCUCUCCCAGCUCUCCUGCCGCACACAUCCGGCCCAGUUCACUCCACGGCCUGGGCUCCAAACUCAGCACGCAGCGCUACACAAAGGUGGGCCGCCGGAAGUCGACCAGCAACAUCCCCCCCUCACCUCUGGCCUGCAACUCCUCAUCCUCCACACAGCCCCUCUCGCCGCAGCGAUCUCCUUCCCCGCUGCCAGGCUUCGCUAAAAGCCUUCACACUUAUCACGGCAAAACAUUGUCACCACCUACCAUUGUCAGGCACAUUGUGCGUCCCCGCAGCGCUGAACCGCCCAGAUCUCCUCUGCUGAAGAGGGUGCAGUCAGCUGAGAAGCUGUCUGGAGUGUAUCAUGCAGAUAAGAAGUCGUACGCCCCACGCAGGCACACGCUGGAAGUGCCGUUUUACGGUGAGGCCGACCUACUCUGUGACUCUGAGGCAGAGGGAGCCUGCGGAGGCUCCUACGUUGGGGCCGAUCACAGCAGGCUGGUCGGCUACAUCGGCAGCCAGAGGGUGAGAGACUCUGGGAUGGAACGAUCUGAGCAGCUGGUCGUGAUGAGAAAGCUCAACCUAUCCGAGCGGCGGGACUCCUUCAAGAAGCAGGAGGCCGUGCAGGAGGUGAGCUUUGACGAGCCGGAGGAGAAAACCAGCACCACGCUCACAGUGACCACCACAGCACCAGGAACGCAAACACAAGCUAAGCAGCAGCCGCAACAGCACAGGACGGCCUGGAUGGUCACUCGACCCCAGACAAGCGAGGAGGUGGAGCUGGAAGUGCCGGUGGUGAGGAGGUUCACCCUGGUGCCCCAGAUCGCCGUGCAGGGCUCAACAGAGAGCGAGGAGCAGGACGAGUGGGAGCCGUGUUCUGACAGCGAGGAGACCACAGAGAAACCUGAGCUUGAUGUCACCGUCACUUCAUCUCAGCAGCAGCAGCAGCAGGCAGGACGUCCUGUGAGUGACAAGAGCUGCAGUGAGGCAGCAGAAUCUGCUUCCAGUGGUCCGGUAGUUGGGCCAUCGCCAGGCAAGACGGAGUGCAGAGAGGAGACUCCACAAAAAGGGCGUCAGAGAAAGUGACAGCUCACCGCUGUUCUUUAAUUCCAGCUGCUCAUUUCUCACCACUGAAGGGAAACUCACAGGUGUUGGUGUUUUUUGUUUUUUGUUUUUUUAGUCUGAGCCAGACGAACUGUAAUCUGUAAACUCAUUUACAAACCUGUCUGGCUGAAAGAGAGUGGGCGAAGAUUUUACUUGAAUUUUUUUUUCUGUAUAUAUAUUUGCCACAAGGAUUCGCAGGCAUCCUGGUUGUAUUUAUUACAUUUGGUGAAUUAGUAACAAGGAAUGAGGGAACUUUUUCAUUGGCUGUGUAGCGAAGCUCAACACUUUUGUAUCCAUAAAAUGUGGCUUCAUGUCUUUUAAUUUGUUUUGCUAUAAAUGUCUAUUUUUUAAAUAAGCUGUUCUGGCACAGUGGUUUGAUAAUGAUAAUGCCGUGCAUAACUGUUGCAGGACCAAAAGGUACGACAAGUGAAGUGCCCCCCCCCCUCCUCAGUUUCUCAAAUGUGAACUGUGCAGCUUCAAGCAGCAUAAUACUGUUACAGUAUGAUCAUGAUAUUCAUAAACCUAACAAUGACCUUGAGUUCACACUCUGGGGAAACUUAUCUUUUUGAUAACUGGCCACUAGACUCUGUUGUUAAAUCUUCAAUAUACAACAACAAAACGAACAAAAUGUGUGCUGCUUUGCUUCAACCUUCCAUUGCACUACAUCCUUCAGAAUAAGCAUUAACACAUAAACUAAGUGUUGAUGAAGCUGCAGUACAAAUAAAAUACAAGUUUGAAAGUUGUACAAAACGUGGGAAACUUGGCAGCGCUGGAAUUCUUCCAUUUGUCACUUGUUAAAGCAUUUGUCCAUGAAGGAUUUUGAGGGGGGAAGAAGCUUUAUUGUUGCCUGACAGAGGGCAACCAUGAAAAUAUAUUUUUUUGUUUUUGUUUUUGUGGCCCAUGUUUCUCAACUUGUUAAAUAAGAUAAAGGUACUUCCAGUGACUCGACGAUCAUGAUCCCCGCAGUGUGAAUUCAUGGUCGUAGCACUGUUCUUGGUAAAUGUGGCACCAGUCAGUGCAGGGUGAUGAAGACAUUGUGAAGCCAUCUCAAAAACAGGUCUGUUUUGCCAUGAUGUGUGCAGUUGUCCCCGAAGCCAUAUCCAACCGAAAUAUCAUCUUAAAUCAUUUGUGUUGCUUGUAAUCCCAAAAGCAACAUGAAGACUUUUAAGUGUCUCUGUUUUUUUCUUUCUUUCUGUAAUUGUCACAGUCUUGAAUACAUCUCUUAUCAAAUGAAGUUCAGUGUGAAGAUGAUGUGCUCAUGUUUAUGGCCACUCGGUGUGAAGUUGGUGUAAGAACAGAAUCCAAUUACUUUCUCACGUUUUCACACGUGUGAACAGUGAUGCUGCUCCACCCUGCGUCUUGCUGUAUUUACUUGCAUGCAUCUUGCAGGAAAAAAAAAACUGAGCAACCAAAUCUGGGUUUUUAUGUUUUUCUUUCUUUUUUAUACCUGGAAAGUUUUGCAUCCUCGUGUAUUUUUGGAAUAAUUUUUUCCCAGAACCCUAGCGUUCAUCUUUGAUUAUCCUCACAAGCAUGUGAGAAACGCCCUGCCUGAAAUGACUUGUUCCUUCCUAAUUUUCUGUGUAGUGAUGUUUACAAUGGGGGGGAAAGUGCACUAAUGUAUUUUGACAUGACUUUUUGUAACCGAAUGUUGACGAGGGGACACAUUUACAUUGAAUUCCAAUCCCAGGGCUUCUUUGAACAAAUGUUUUACUUGUUUGUUUUGUACAAAUAUCGAUGUAUAUUUUGAUAACAAGGAUUGUGUAUAAUUCCAUGAGUAGAGGGACGUGAUGACGCACAAUGAUGAUGAUAGUUUGUGGCGCUGGGACUUUGGGGAAGUCGGCCUUUAGGAAACCUUUGAACAAAACACCUUGUUGGCAUCAGAACAGUGUUUCACAUCCACUACAGCCUAAAUCGUCACAUUUUUCCACCACAGAGAGUUGAGUUUUGAGGUCAAUCGUCUUAUUCGUCAGUGGCUGUUUGCCGACUUUCUCUCUGGUCUUUGGUUUAUAUCGCAUCCGUUCUGUUGAUGUGUUACUUGAGCCUCACUUCCUACUCAAAUUAGUCCCUGAAUCCCCCGUUGUUGUGUCAGUGAACCCAAAUGGACAGAUCCCUGAAUGGUUCAGUUAUUUUUGCAGUCUGACAGAAUUGUUUACAUUGAACAAACUUGCUUUGUACUGUACGAAAAUUUUAUAUCUUUUGGCUGUAUAUGAUACGAAACCGCUGUCUUUGAUACCUUGACAAAAGGCCUACACUCGUAGACGUAACAUAUCUGUUCUUGAGGGGUUGAUUUAACACCGCGCUGAGAAUCAUUUAACAGAUUUACAUGCACUUAAGUAACAUGGUUAUCAUCCGCUUUUUGGAAAAGAAAGAAACUCUUUCCUCAAUUGGAAAAAUCUGGCUCCUCUGGAGAAACUGAGUGCAUGUGUGGCUUUUUUACAUGUGCACAUCUGAAUGAGAAUGGUGUCUCUUUAGAAAUAUCAUCACUCUAGAUGUGCAUUCAUGUACGUAAAUUAAUUGGAUGCAAGUCAAACAAGCUAGAACAACCGAUUUCAGACAGACCAGUGGACACACUGUUGAAAAGGCUGCACAAUAAUAGAUAACAUAUAACAUCCCAGUAUUACCUCUGAAAUAAGGUUCCUGAUUACUGUCCAACUGCAUGUAGACAUUGUUGCACUGUAUUUCUCUGAAUAAUCUGGGUCCUUAUGUGAAUGUAAAAUGUUGCUGUUGCUCUGUCAGUCUCCACUGGCUGAGAGCCAAGAGCUUCAACCACUGGAGGGCGGCACACUCAACACUCAGCCGCUGUUAAACUUGGUCUUCUCAGAGCAAAACUGGCAGGUCCGACUGUUGUACACAUGCAUGUGUUCUCCUGUGUGGACUCCUCUGUUCAGUGCAUGCUGCAUGACACAAGAACACAUCUGUAAAACUUGAUCGCAUGGUAUACCGGCGUGGUCGCCAUGUACUGUGUUUUCUCGUGCAACAAAUAAAAACUUUGUAUUUCUCUUUAA